AUGAUCCAUAGAUUGGUAUCCACAACAAUAAGAUCGCAUAUCAUUAGACCCCUAAUAACAAGAACUAUGUCUACUUCAACUACUACUUAUCCAGAACCGACAGAAUCUCGUAAAGAAGAAUUAAUCAGCAAUUAUAACACUGUGUUAUCUCAAAUCAAAUCACUCAAUUCAAAUGUUCAAUUAAUUGCCGUUUCAAAACUUAAACCAUCAUCUGAUAUAAUGGCUUUAUAUUCCAUUGGAGUUCGUCAUUUUGGUGAGAAUUAUGUCCAAGAAUUGAUUUCAAAAUCUCAAGAAUUACCUCAGGAUAUAAAUUGGCAUUUUAUUGGUGGUUUACAAUCUGGUAAAUGUAAAGAUUUAAGUAAACAUGUUAAAAACUUAUAUUCUGUUGAAACCAUUGAUUCUUUUAAAAAAUGUAAACAAUUAAAUAAUUCAAGGGAUAAGAUUGAUGGUGAUGUUAUUAAUGUUUAUUUACAAAUUAAUACUUCUGAAGAAGAACAAAAAUCUGGAUUUUUGAAAAUUGAAGAUAUUCAAGAAACUAUUGAAUAUUUGAUUAGUGAUGAAUGUAAGAAAUUAAAAAUUUUGGGAUUAAUGACCAUUGGUUCAUUUAAUGAAUCUGUUUCUUCUGAUGGUGAAAAUAAAGAUUUCAAAAAAUUGGUUGAAAUUAAGAAAGUUUUAGAUGAAAAAUACAACUUGGAUUUACAGUUGAAUAUGGGUAUGAGUAAUGAUUUUGAACAAGCAAUUAAACAAGGAAGUACUAAUGUUAGAGUAGGUACUACUAUAUUUGGAGCAAGACCUCCAAAACAACAAACCCCAACAGCAACAACAAUAUAA